CUAGAGAGAGGGCAGCGGCAAGGAGAGCGAGGGCAACUGAGGAUAGUGCCAAGACUAGAGUCUCAGCUAGUACCGGUACAACCAUGUCUACCUCAGCUAUGUCGCAAGUCUCUACACAGUCCACUUCGUCAGGAGUCAGUCAGAGUGGCUCUCAGGUUUCGACUAGUCAGAUUGCUAGCUUGCAAGUCAGCCAACAAAUUCACCUCACGCCGGAGGACUUAGAAAUCCGGCAAGCAGAAGAACUUCAGGAUGAGCUACAGCGGCAGUUGGACGAGGCAACAGAGAGGAGAAGAAAAGCCAUACUUAGGAAGGCUAGACUAGGGAGUAGAAUGCAGGAGCUAGGCAGACUGGAAACACUAGAUGAGGCAGCUUUAGACCCUGUUGGUCGUGUGUUGCGCAAUGCUUUACUUUCGGUAGCUGAAGUGCAGAACGUCGAGCAGGAAUUGCUGGCCGAAUUGGUGGCAGGCCAGAAACAAAUCUUGGCUGAACUUCGGGCUCCUCGCACAGCGGUUCUCCAGACGGAUUACCUAAGGUGCCUACCUGCAGAGGUAAGGACCAAGCUGGUUGACGAGGCCUACGUCGAACAGCACACCUUCGCUUCUUUUAGUAAGAAAGCUCUGGACAUAGAGGCAAAGCUGGGGUCUGCRCAUAAGGCAUCUCAUGAUGGUAGAAAGAGACUACCCCAAGACUGGAAGAAGAAAGGUCAGUUAAUGUUUGUUGACCAUGAUGGUCAAACGACGGAGAUAGAUGAAUUCCCUGACCUUGAGGAGUUGACAGAGCAGGAUGGGGCUAGUGAGACUUCAGAUGGUGGAGUCGUGGCACCCAUCAAAGAAAAGGCUAGGGGGACCGGGAAGAAGAAGGUAGAACGGUCCACGGGUCAUGGAGACCGAGGGACACCCGCAUGGGUGAAGCUUGGUUUGGAUUACGAGGUGUGGAGGGACCGAGUUGCUUGGGGCACUUGCAUGAACUGUGGCAUGGCCACACGUCGCGGAUGCCGGUACUUCACAAAGAUAGAUCUGAAGUUCGGAUACCAUCAAAUUGCCGUUAGACCUGAGUACCAGCACAAAACCGCAUUUCAGACCAGGUACGGUCUGUACGAGUUUGUGGUGAUGCCUUUUGGCCUAUGCAAUGCGCCUGGUACAUUUCAGCACACGAUGAAUAGGAUUUUUCAUGACUACUUGGACAAGUUUAUUGUCGUGUACCUCGAUGAUAUUCUCAUCUUCAGUAGGACUGUGGAGGAGCACGCUGAGCACUUGAAAACAGUGCUAGGUCUCCUAAGACAGCACCGGUACAAGGUUAACUUGGACAAAUGCGAGUUUGGUCGCACCAAGAUCUUGUACUUGGGUCAUGAAAUUUCAGCAGAUGGAUUGAGGCCAGAAGAUGCGAAGGUGGCCAGCAUAACCUUCAUGGACCAGAGGUCCGGAGAAGCAGACGAGGCCUCUCACGCUCGGAUGCUGGCCUGGAGUACCGAAACAAAGAAACGGGCAGAUCAUGCAGCAGCAUCAGCGAAGAAGAAGGCAGAGGACGCCGAGCAGGCACGUCUGCUGGCAAUUGAACAACAUCGCCAGCAUGACGAGGCAGCAGCAAAGCCUGCCAAUGAAGAAAGAAUCCAACGUCGUGAGAAGAUAUUUAACAGAGAGCAGACUUUGCUCACAAUGGCAGCGGAAUGGCGGACCGAGGCUGAGAAUGGCAAGAUGGAGGAUAGCGAAAACAAGAUCGCUCGCCUCCUCUCCCAUCUCACAGACCUCCUGGCAACCUUUAUUACACAGCAGGAGGAUAUCCACAACCUCGAUGACUCGCUAGCUCAAGUCCAAGGCCGCCUCCGGCAGCUGGAGCAGCCACCUGUUGCCGCCCCCGAUGCAAGCUCUUCCAACACUUCCAAUCACCUCGAAGCAUUGGAGAUGGACGUCGGCUCCCUCAAGGACGGCGUGCAGUUACAGCAGACCGCAACACAACAGUUGGAACAACGGAUCUUUACUGCCGUCAACCACUCGAGUUCGGAACCGCGCGAGACAGCUCCAAAGUUUGACGGGCAGGAGAUCUUCUGCGACUCGACGAAGACAGAUCCGAUAUCAUGGUUCCGCAAGUUCGAGCUCACGCUACAGCUACACUACGUCAAGGAACACAAGCACGACGCGUACUUGUACUCCCGGUCGGAGGGCGCGUGCCAGGCAUGGUUGGACAAUCUCUUGUCCAAGUACGGAGUAGUAGUUGGCGACUUGCACACCAAGAUCAGCUGGAAUGAUCUGAACGCAGCGUGGCACAAGCGGUUCCAAGUCGAGCCGCCAGAGAUCAAGGCUAUGGACAAGCUCAUGGUCUUCGAGCAAGGCACGCUGCCAAGUACCGACUGGAUUGCCAAGUACCAAAGCUUGACAUCAAUCCCGGACAUCCAAAUGGGCUUCAAGGCCAUCCGCCACUAUUUCAUCUCAAGGUCGUGUCUGACAUUAAGCAAUGCCCUGACUCACGUCGAGGACACCUUGACGACAACGGUGGAACUCUUUGACAAGGUCGCGCAGAUCAUUAUCACGAACAAGGAGGCCAAGAACCUGCGUUCGUCUGCGCCAGGCCCGAGCAGAGACCAGCAUCGGCCAAGAGUGCCCGUGGUCGUGGCAGCAACGUCGUUUGACCAAACUAGCGAGGUCGUGUCUGCCAAUGAAGGGGACAGACUCGCAGCCGCCCGGGAAGGUGGCCGCCCCGGCAGAGGCCGAGGACGCGGCAAGAUGAAGACACACACCGCAUCUAGCCCCGGGCCCGGCGCAGCAGCUCCAGCCCCAUGGUCCCAAUAUGGCAUCUCCGAGCAAGCAUUCAAAGCACGCACGCAAGGGAUAACAGGGAAACUGAGCACCGCCGGGAGUGACUCGACGACACUCUCGACGCCUCCCGAAUCGGUCUCUUCGCGAGUGACCGGCCUUCAUUCCGAGGCGUAUGCGGAAGUCGAUAGUCCUCCUCUUCUAUUUUCUUUUGAGGACUAUGCUUCCCGACUCGUUCCUACGCUGGGUACUCAAGCUCAAGGACAAGACGUGUGUGCGGCAUCUUCUCCGUCCGGCGGCAGCGACUUAUCGUCUUCAAGUGGUUCUUCACGGGAUUCGGCGAGCGAGCUCAACAUAGAGGUAUUGGACCCGCUCACGUCCGAGGACUUUGCAUGGCUUCCUCUCCCGACCACGGGCCACUUGCCGGGACCGCAAUGCGCAGCACUAUGCGCACAUCUCCACACAUACUUAUCCUUCUAUGCACCACCAACUUUGCCGAGGGAUGACGAAGUCGCGGUGGGGGACAUCCUUGCGUAUGCUACCAAGGUGGCUCGCAAGUUUCGCACGCAGCGGUACGAUGACAACAACGCACCGCUCAUGUAUGUCCGCAUUCAGGUUGGGCAAGCGUCCUGCAGUGCUUUGCUGGAUCACGGCACGUCUCACAAUUUCAUGAGCCAAGCCUUUAUGCAAAGGGCUGGCCUUGGCGCACAAGUUCGGAGAAAGGCAAACCCGACGGCGAUCAAGUUGGCGGAUGGAAAGACGCAGCAACUUCUCGAACGUUACAUCGAGGCCGUACCGGUUUAUUUCGCACCUCAUGCAUGCGAACCGGCGACGUUUGACAUUCUCGACACGGACUUCGACAGCAUUGUGGGAAUGCCUUGGCUUGCAAGUGCAGAUCACACGGUCAACUUCCACCGGCGAACUCUUAGCGUUAGCAACGCCUUCGGCGCCGAAGUGGUGUAGCCUCGGAACAUCAUGGAUGUUCGUUCGUUCCUUGGCCUCGCCGGCUACUAUCAGCGUUUCAUCAAAGGCUACUCGAAGAUCGUGGCCCACUUGACCAAGCUUCAAUGCGAGGAUCGACCGUUUGACUUCGAAGAGGAGGCGCGGGAAUCAUUUUUGGCUCUCAAUCCCGCGCUAUUAUCUGCGGAGGUCUUGCGGAUAUACGACCCACUUUUGCCUACGCGUGUCACUACGGAUGCGUCAGGCUAUGGCAUUGGUGCAGUCCUCGAGCAACAUGAUGGUGUGGACUGGCAGCCGGUCGAAUAUUUCAGCAAGAAAGUGCCCGACGUGAAUUCCAUUGAUGCUACACGCAAGAAGGAGCUCCUCGCCUUCAUCCACACGCUCAAGCAGUGGCGGCACUUCCUCCUUCGUCGAAGCCAAUUCCGAUGGGUAACGAACAACAAUCCGUUGGUCUUCUAUAAGACCCAAGACACCGUUAAUAGCACCAUCGCUCGAUGGAUGACUUUCAUCGACCAGUUCGACUUCUUUCCCGAUCACAUUCCCAGGAAGUCGAACCGUUUUGUGGAUGCUCUUUCACGGCGUCCGGAUCAUUGUACCGUGGUCUACUCAACCUUCGAGAUUGACGAUGACCUACGGAACAGCUUCAUCCGCGGCUACCAAGCCGACCCCAAGUUUCGCGACAAGUACGCGAAUUCCUCUCCUAAUCCGGCGCCUUCUCACUAUCGGAUCCAAGAGGGGUACUUGCUUGUCCACACACGGGGGAAGGACCUUAUUUGCUUACCAAGUGAUCCUCACUUGCUUACACGGCUUCUUGGCGAGUUCCACGAUGCUCCCGCCACCAGACACUUUGGAGUCAAUCGCACGAUUGGUCGACUUCGCCAGCGAUUUUGGUGGCCCGGCCUUCUCUGCGACGUCACACACUAUUGCGAGUCAUGCGAGGUUUGCCGACGCUGCAAAUCCCACAACCAUCGUUCGUACGGCGAGUUACGACCAUUACCGGUCCCGUUAAGGCGAAGGGAAGCGAUUGCCAUGGACAUUACCGGCCCGUUCCCCAAGCACAAGACCGGAGUGGAUGGGAUUCUCACGUUUCACGACAUUCUUCGUCAGCCUGAUGCCGAACUCUACAUUGUCGACAUCACGGAUCUCCUUAUCUGUAACUCCAUGCAUCAGGACGCUGACCUGGUCGAGCUCGACCCACCACCCCCCGAGCCUCCCGACCCCCCUGAUCCUUCAUCCUCCUCAUCCUCCUUCACCCCUGCUAGCUCAUCUCACCUUGUUGCAUCCCUCACCACAGAGGCGCCAUCGGUACCUAUACCCAUACCGACUCCUUCCACCCCURCUUCAGAUGCUGCUGCUGCCGAGGAGUUUGACAACCUCCUAUCGUAUUUGCAGCCUAGCGUUGCGGCCCUCCUUCGCGAGUAUCAAGACGUUUUCCCUCCAUCUGUCUCCUAUAGCAGCAUCCCUCUUAUGCGCGAUAUCGAGCACCACAUCUGGCUUGAACCUAACUACCGUAUUCAGCAUCGCGCCCCAUAUCACCUCUCGGUCCCUGAAGCCCAGGAACUUGAACACCCAAUUGACGAGCGGCUUCGUCAGGGCUUCAUUAAACCGAGUACGUCCCCAUGGAGUGCGCCUGUCCUCUUCGAUCGCAAGAAGGACGACACCCUCCGCCUCUGCCUCAACUACCACGGUCCCAACGAGUAUACGGUCAGAAACAGUUAUCCUAUGCCCCGCGCGGAUGAUCUGUUCGAUCGCCUCUCCGGCCACCACUUUUUCACGAAGAUCAAUCUUCGUAGCGGAUAUCACCAGAUCCGCGUAGCCGAGGAGGAUCAGCCUAAGACCGCUUUCCGUUCUCGUUUUGGGCACUACAAGUUUACCGCCAUGCCUUUCGGUCUCCGUAAUGCUCCUGCCACCUUCCAGACGGCUAUGAACAUGAUGUUCCAAGACCUUCUUGAGGACUCGGUUCUAGUCUAUAUUGACGACAUCUUGGUCUACAGUCGUACCUUAGAGGAGCAUAUGUUCCACCUUCGCACUGUCCUCCAACGAUUACACGACCAUGGGUUCUAUGCGAAGCUCUCCAAAUGGUGCUUCGCUCAACCCAAAAUCGACUUCCUGGGACAUCAGGUCUCCGAGCACGGAUUCCACAUGGACGACUCGAAGAUUCAGGCCAUUGUUGACUGACCCACUCCUAGCUCUCUUCCUGCGCUAUGUAGUUUCCUUGGGUUGACCAACUACUGUGGUAAUUUUCUUAAAAACUACGCG